AGGAGAAAUGCCAGUGGCGAAACCUGAAACAUCAGAUUCCAGAGUCAUUGCUCAUGUCGACAUGGACUGCUUCUACGUUCAAGUGGAGCAAAGGAAAAACCCGGAGUUAAGGGGCUUGCCCACGGCUGUGGUGCAGUAUAACUCAUGGCAGGGUGGGGGUUUGAUUGCUGUAAGCUAUGAGGCCCGGAAAUUUGGUGUGAAACGUUCAAUGCGAGGUGAUGAGUCAAAGAAAGUCUGCCCAGAAAUUCAGCUGGUCCAAGUUCCUGUUGCACGCGGUAAAGCUGACCUGAACACGUACAGGAAUGCAGGUUCAGAGGUGGUUUCUAUUCUAUCAAGGAAGGGUCGAUGUGAGAGGGCUUCAAUUGAUGAAGUGUAUCUUGACCUUACUGAUGCAGCUGAAACCAUGUUAGCUGAAGCUCCUCCAGAAAGCUUGGAAGCAAUUGAGGAGGAAGCUCUCAAGUCACAUGUUUUGGGUCUUGAUAAUGAGGACGGUAUUGAAGCCAAAGAAAAUGUGAGGAAAUGGCUUUGCCAAAGAAAUGCUGAUCGCCGUGAUAAGCUGCUAGCUUGUGGGGCUCUCAUUGUUGCCGAACUAAGGCUGCUAGUGUUGAAGGAGACGGAAUUUACUUGUUCAGCCGGCAUUGCUCAUAAUAAGAUGCUUGCCAAACUUGCAAGUGGUAUGAAUAAACCUGCACAACAAACUGUGGUGCCGUUAUCAUCUGUGAAAGGAUUGCUAGAAACCUUGCCAGUUAAGAAAAUGAAACAGCUUGGAGGAAAGCUGGGGAGUUGCUUACAAAACGAUCUGGGUGUUAACACUGUUGGAGACUUAUUGCAAUUUUCAGAGGAAAAGCUACAAGAACGUUAUGGAAUCAAUACUGGUACCUGGUUAUGGAAUAUUGCAAGGGGGAUAAGUGGGGAAGAAGUUGAGGGGCGCCUUCUCCCCAAGAGCCAUGGUUCUGGGAAAACAUUUCCUGGACCUCAGGCUUUGAAGACGAUUUCAUCCGUUCAACACUGGCUUAAUGAACUAUGUGAAGAUCUGAGUGAACGUAUUCAAUUGGACUUGGAUGAAAACAAAAGGAUUGCUCAUACACUAGUGCUGCAUGCCACUGCAUACAAGACUAGUGAUUCAGAUUCACAGAAGAAGUUCCCUUCUAAGUCUUGUCCCCUAAGGUAUGGGGCAGCCAAGAUACAAGAGGAUGCUCUUAGUCUCUUUCAAGCUGCAUUACGUGAGUACUUGGGUUUGUUCACAGCUAAAAUUCAAGGAACUCAAAACAACCAAUGGGGAAUAACAUCCCUCUCUAUUUCAGCAAGUAAAAUUCUUCCUAUACCAUCAGGAACAGCUUCAAUCACGAAAUACUUUCAUGGUUAUCAGCCAUCCUCAUCCCGAAAGCAGUCACAGGAUAAUUUCAUAGAAGAAUCUUCUCCCCUGCCACCUUCAGGUAAUGAGAAUUGGGAGGUAAAUGUGACUACACCACUCCCUUUUAAAGAAACUACCAUUGAGUCUGCUGUGCCUAAUUUGCAUCAUCUGGAAGAGAAAAAGGACUUUCUGAAUGACCAGAAUCCUUGUUGCUCUCCAAAAAAUCAGGGAAAUGAUGAAUUUACCCAAGGAAGUUUACCAUCAUCAAUCUCAGGGAGUGAACUCUGCUCGGGAGCGAAUCAAAGUCAAGUAGUGAAACAUAAUUCUCGUGAUGAACCUUGCCUUAAAGCUGCAAUGCUUGGUUUUAGACAGGAGCAAAAAAGGAAAGCAGUGAAAGACAAGGGAACAUCUUCAAUAUUGAAAUUCUUCAAGAACGAAGAUCCAGCUCGUGUUCUCCAAAAGCUGGAACAUGUUGAAAAUACUGAAGGUGCUCAGUCUAGAAGUGACCAUUCUCUGGAUCACAAUCAAUCUCAGUUGCCAAGGGAAAGGCCUUUCGAAGAAACUGGGACUUCUAGUGCACCUGGUUCAGCUCAAAGAAGGGAAGCAUGGAGUUACAAUUAUGACGAGAUUGACCCCUCUGUCAUCGAUGAGUUACCACCAGAGAUUCAACAAGAACUACGUGCUUGGCUCAGGCCACACAAGCGGCAUAAUGUAGUGAAACGCGGUUCUAGUAUCGCUGAUUAUUUCCUACCCACAAGGAAUGCAUAGUCUAUGACAUUCUUCCGUAAAUAGGCGUUUAUAUUUACAUCCAAGUAAUCUGUAUAGAAUCCAAGAACCUUGCAGCUUUGGUAUAGUAGUGGACCGGAGCUAUAUUAAGGUGGCUCUCAGGCUGAACUAGAUUAUGAAAUUUGAAUCAGAAAAUAUAUGAAUUUAUUGCUAGAGAUAAGAUGUUGCAUAAUCAGUCAUUUCCA